AUGUUCGACGAUGUUCCCAUCUCUUCGGCCACCGGGGUCCAACAGGGAGAUCCCCUGGGUCCUGUCCUUUUUGCCUUGGGCGUUAACAGUAUCGCUCACUCUGUUCGAUCCCCAGUUAACAUAUGGUAUCUGGAUGACGCAACCAUUUGCGGUCCCCCCGACGCUGUUUUCGACGACCUUCGUUCUAUCCUCCCUUCCCUCUCGGACAUCGGCCUAUCUAUAAACGCCAAUAAAUCCGAAAUCGUGAACAUUGCCUUAAAUCCGAGUGACUUCACUGCUUCAAUUUCCACGUGCCGAGGCAUUCUCUCAGACGUCCGGAUUACGGACAAAUCAAAUCUUACGAUUCUCGGUGCCCCCAUGGGGCCUUCUGCCCUCGAAUGCUCACUCGCUGGAAAAAUUUCCCACUUAUCCAAAAUGAUCGACAAGCUUAAAGUCAUCGAGCCUCAUGUGGCUUUUUUCCUCCUCCGAAACCACUUCUCCGUCCCUAAGAUCCUUUACACCCUAAGAUGUGCACCCUGCUUUCAAAGAGGCGACCUUCUUUCCGACCUUGACAAUAUCCUCAGGCUCGGUACGAGCUCUCUUUGCAAUCUGGCUUUCGACGAUCCAGGCUGGACUCAGGCAUCCCUGCCUGUGCGCUGGGGUGGCCUUGGCUUGAGAUCCUAUUCCGAUCUUGCCCUCCCGGCAUUCCUAUCCGCUCAUCACGCUUCUCGUACUCUCUCAGACAUCGUUCUUAGAAACCUCCCCGAACGGAAAUUGUCUGAAGUUUACUCUGCAGCCCGUGGUCGGUGGGAGGCUCGGUUUGGUUCGUAG